CGAACGAGGCAGGCGAAGGGUUAAAAUGAGAGCGAGAGCGCCUCCUAGAGAGGACCGGGAAGGACCGAGGCUGCGCACUGGAUGAUUUCUCUCCUCUUCCCGGAAAUGGGAUUUGGGUUAUUCCCACCUGGGAAUUUGCUGUAUUACAGAGUUCACAGAGCUUAAUAGACACAACUGUCUGAACAACCCUUCCUGUAAGAGAAAAACUGCCAGAAAAGUAAGGAGAUUUUUUGGUGUUUCCAGAAGCCACUUUGGAGUACAGAACAAAGAUGGGGGGGAAAGUUUCAGUUGGCCCUGAAGCAGGUAGAAGCCAUGAGGGUGGGAGCACUGGGGAAUUCCGGGAAAUAACCAAGCAAAAGAUGCUAGAUGACACCACCAACCCAGAUGGCCAGCGCCAGCGCUUCAGACAGUUCUGCUACCAGCAGGCCAAGGGCCCCCGAGAGGUUUGCGGCCAACUCCACAACCUUUGCCAUCAGUGGCUGAAGCCAGGGAGACACACAAAAGCUCAGAUGCUGGACUUGGUGAUCUUGGAGCAGUUCCUGAGUGUCCUGCCCCCGGAGAUGGAGAGCUGGGUGAGAGAGUGUGGAGCAGAGACCAGUUCCCAGGCAGUGGCCCUGGCAGAAGGUUUCCUCCUGAGCCAAGCAGAAGCCAAGAAGCUGAAUGAGCAGCAGGGGAAGAGGCUAUCAAAAGUGCACACCAAUUUCUGCAAGACAGAGAAGGCUCCAUUGGACCUCAGACAGAAGCCGCUGUUCCGAAAGAUCAUGGAAAAAGGUGGUGGAGGAGCCACCUCACUGGGUGGCAAAAUCACACUGACUCUUCGUCCCAGGCCUUCUCUCUGUGGCAGAGUGGGCACAGCCUCCGUGCAGCUGGACCAGGGUCCAUUCACCUUUGAGGAGGUGGCUGUGCACUUCGCAGAGGAGGAGUGGGCUCUGCUGGAUCCGGACCAAAGGGCUCUGCACCAAGAAGUCAUGGAGGAAAUCCGCGGGCAUCUGGCCUCUCUAGGGGAUGGAGGGGAGAGUGAAGGAGAGGAUGGACUGCAGAGAAGGAAAACAAAAACAGAACAUCAGUGGGUGAAGAAACAUGUUGCUUCUCUGUGCUCUGACGUGCAUGAACUUCCAGUCCACACAAUGGAUGAUAAAGGAAACAGAAGGAAUAAAUAUCCUCGGUAUGCAAAGGUCUUAACCAGCAAAUCAAGCUUCAGUGCACAUCAAAUUAAUACAGGUGAGGCAAAAUAUGAAUACUCGGAGUCCGGAAAGAGUUUCAACCAGACCUCACAGCCUACUUCCCAUCAAAGAAUGGACAAAGGAGAGAAACCAUAUAAAUGCUUUGACUGUGGAAAGAGCUUCAGAUAUAGAUCACACCUUAUUUCCCAUCAAAGAAUCCACACAGGAGAGAAACUAUAUCAUUGUUCAGUAUGUGGAAAGAGCUUCAGACAUAACUCAAACCUUACUACCCACCAAAAAAUCCACACAGGAGAGAAACCAUACCAAUGCUCAGUGUGUGGAAAGAGCUUCAGAAGGAGCUCACAACUUUCUUUGCAUCAAGGAAACCACACAGGAAAGAAACCAUAUCGGUGUUCAGUGUGUGAUAAGAGCUUCAGCGAUAAGUCAUGCUUUACUGCCCAUCAGAGAAUCCACACAGGAGAGAAACCAUAUUUGUGUUCAGAAUGUGGAAAGUGCUUCAGCCAGAGAGGGCACCUUAUGUUUCAUCAAAGAAUCCACACAGGGGAGAAACCAUUUAAAUGCUUAGACUGUGGAAAGUGCUUCAGUCGCAACACAAAUCUUACUUCCCAUCAAAGAAUCCACACAGGGGAGAAACGGUAUCAUUGUUCAGUGUGUGAAAAGAGCUUCAGACAUAGCUCAAGCCUUGCUUCUCAUAAAAGAAUCCACACAGGAGAGAAACCAUAUCAAUGUUCAGUGUGUGGAAUGGACUUCAGGAGGAGUUCACAACUUGCUUCACAUAAAGGAAUCCACGCAGGGGAGAAACCAUAUCGGUGUUCAGUGUGUGAAAAGAGCUUCAGUGACAAGUCAAGCCUUACUGCCCAUCAGAGAAUCCACACAGGAGAGAAACCAUUUUGGUGUUCAGAAUGUGGAAAGAGCUUCAGCCAGAGGGGAGCCCUUAUGUUCCAUCAAAGAAUCCAUUCAGGGGAGAAACCAUUUAAAUGCUUAGACUGUGGAAAGUGCUUCAGUCGGAACACAAACCUUACUUCCCAUCAAAGAAUCCACACAGGAGAGAAACCAUAUCAAUGCUUAGUGUGUGGAAAGAGUUUCAGUCACUGCUCAAGCCUUGCUUCUCAUAAAAGAAUUCACACAGGGGAGAAACCAUAUCAAUGCUCAAAAAAAUAUAAUUGCUCUGUGUGUGGAAAGAGCUUCAGCCAGAGGUCAGACCUUAUUUGCCAUCAAAGAAUCCAUACAGGGGAGAAACCAUAUCAGUGCUUGGUGUGUGGAAAGCGCUUCAGCCAGAGCUCACAGCUUACUCCCCAUCAAAGAAUCCACACAGGGGAGAAACCAUAUAAAUGCUCACAGUGUGGAAAGAGCUUCAGGCAGAGCUCAGGCCUUGCUUAUCACCAAAGAAUACACACAGGGGAGAAACCAUAUCAGUGCUUAGAAUGUGGAAAAAGCUUCACUCAAAACUCAACCCUUGCUUUCCAUCAGAGAAUCCACACAGGAGGUGAACCAUCUACAUACUCACAGUGUGGAAAGAGCUUCAGCAACAACUGUAGACUUACUUGCCAUCAAAGAACCCGCACAGUGGAGAAAUCAUAUCAAUGUUCAGAAUGUGGAAAGAUCUUCAGUGAAAGCACUAGUCUUACUAGGCAUCAAAGAAUCCAUACAGGAGAGAAACCAUAUCAUUGCUCAGAUUGUGGAAAGAGCUUUGGCAGGAGUUCAAAUCUUGCUUCCCACAAAAGAAUCCACACAGGGGAGAAACCAUAUAUAUGUUCAGAGUGUGGAAAGUGCUUCAGCCACAGUUCGAGCCUUACUUCCCAUCAAAGAAUACAUACAGGGGAGAGACCAUAUCAGUGCUCAGAAUGUGGAAAGAGCUUCAGACGCAGCUCGCACCUUACUACCCAUCAAAGAAGCCACACAGUAGAGAAACCAUAUAAAUGUUCAGAGUGUGGGAAAUGCUUCAGCCAGCGCUUAGGCCUAACUUGCCAUCAAAAAAUCCACACUGGGGAGAAAGCAUAGAAAUAUUUGGAGUGUGCAGAAAUCUUUAGCCAGAGCACAGAGAAUUAAAAAAAAAACAAAAAAACCACACAGGGUGAUAUUCUGUAUUUCCCUGAAAUUCCUGGAACAUGAAAAGAACUGGAUACAUAUAUUGCUUUAUUGUUAGUGGGGGUUUUUGUAAGCUGCCUGCUACUUUUUGUGAAGGUGUAGGAUAGAAUUCCUUUAAGUAAAGGAUUCAUACCCAUAAGAAAGCAAGCAAAGAGUUAUAGAAUUGCUUUUCUUCUCAAACAUUAAUAACCAACAGGGGAUUCACACCGGAGACACAUUUUUUUACAAAUGUUCAAUAUAUGUCAGGGUCUUCUCUUGGCAUGGCUUUGUGUGUGUGCCGGGGAAGCUUCAGGUGAUAGACAGGUUUUGCCUCCAUGUGUGUCCAAACUAUUGCAAGGCUAAAUGCAUGGGUACAGAUGCCUGCCUAAGACACAUUUUGAAGACCAACGGGACUCUGUCUUGAAUCAUGAUAUUAUAUCUGAUUUUUUAAAAAUAAACUGUCUUGGAUCCUGGUA